UUGUCAAAAAAUCGUUUGUGUUUUCUCAUAAUCAUCGACGGUUUUCUGCUGUUUCAUCUCGCGGUGUCGGUUUUCGGGACAAUAUUACUGCAAAUAAAUAGAAUUUUAUUUUAAAACGAUAGAGAUUGAUCAUCAAGAUGAGUUCCAUUGGUACAGGUUACGAUUUGUCCGCAUCGCAGUUCUCGCCGGAUGGACGUGUCUUUCAGAUUGAGUAUGCCGCGAAAUCGGUGGAAAACAGUGGUACGGUGAUCGGUCUUCGUGGAAAAGAUGGUGUAGUUCUGGCAGUGGAAAAGUUGAUUACCAGCAAAUUAUACGAGCCGGAAUCCGGAACGAGGAUCUUCACAAUCGACACUUCGAUUGGGAUGGCCAUCAGUGGAAUGAUUGCCGAUGGACGUGCUGUAGUGGACAUUGCUCGACAGGAAGCGGCCAACUAUAGGCAGCAGUACGAUAGGCAAAUUCCGCUGAAGCAUCUGAACGAUCGAUUGUCCAGCUAUUUCCAUGCCUACACGCUGUACAGUGCGGUGCGUCCGUUUGGAGUUAGUGUAAUUUUGGCCUCCUGGACGGAGGAAACGGGGCCGGAGAUGUAUAUGAUUGAUCCGUCCGGUGUGUCGUGUGGAUACUUUGGAUGUGCUGUUGGCAAGGCCAAACAAACCGCCAAGACUGAGAUCGAAAAGUUGAAAUUGUCACAAAAGUCGGUAAAUGAGUUGAUCACUACCGCAGGAAAGAUAAUCUACCAAGUACAUGACGAAUUGAAGGAUAAGGACUUUAAGUUGGAACUUAGUUGGGUAUGCCAAGCGUCCAACGGCCGUCAUCAGGUUGUCCCGGAAGAAUUGUACGCUGCAGCCACCAGAGCAGGACAAGAAGCGGUCGACGAGGAUGAAAGUGAUAAUGAAAUUUAAAUUUUCCGAUUUGCGUUUAUUUCAAAGGGUGGGAGAAGCUUCUUUCGAUAAGUUGGCUUUAAAAAUCUGUAAUUUUGAAUGAUAAAAUAUAUUGAAAAAACAAGUA